GGAGCCGCGGCGCCGGGCUGGUUUUGCUGGCCCUGUGGCUGCUCCCGCAGCCCAGCUCCCAGUUCUGGCUCUUCAAUGUCCUCUUCCCACCCACCAGCACCCCAGAAGCUCCCCCGACCAACAGCACGCCGCCCGUGGUGCUCGUGCCCGGGUGCCUCGGGAACCAGCUGGAAGCAAAGCUGGACAAGCCGGACGUGGUGAACUGGAUGUGCUACCGCAAGACAGAGGAUUAUUUCACCAUCUGGCUCAACCUCAACACCUUCCUGCCCGUGGGAGUCGACUGCUGGAUCGAUAACACCAGGGUGGUGUACAACAGGACCUCCCGGAAGAUGUCCAACGCCCCGGGCGUGCACAUCCGCGUGCCCGGCUUCGGGAAGACCUAUUCCGUGGAAUAUCUGGACCAGAGCAAGCUGGCAGGCUACAUGCACACCCUGGUGCAGAACCUGGUGAACAAUGGCUACGUGAGGGACAAGACGGUCCGGGCAGCCCCCUAUGACUGGAGGGUCGGGCCCCAGGAGCAGCCCGAAUACUUCCAGAAGCUGAAGGCCCUGAUCGAGGAGAUGCACGACGAGUACCAGCGCCCCGUGUUCCUCAUUGCCCACAGCAUGGGCAACCUCAACGUCCUCUACUUCUUGCUGCAGCAGACACAAGCCUGGAAAGACCAGUACAUUGGGGGCUUCAUCUCCCUGGGUGCCCCCUGGGGAGGGUCUGUCAAGCCCCUGCGUAUCCUGGCAUCUGGUGACAACCACGGCAUCCCGCUCAUGUCCAACAUCAAGCUGCGUGAGGAGCAGCGCAUGACCACCACCAGCCCCUGGAUGUUCCCAACGAGCCUGGCCUGGCCCGAGACCCACGUUUUCAUCUCCACCCCCUCUUACAACUACACCUACCGGGACUACAAACGCUUCUUCACCGCCGUCAACCUGGAGGACGGCUGGUACAUGUGGGAGGACAUGAAGGACCUGCUGAAGGACCUGCCUCCUCCCGGGGUGGACACGUACUGCCUCUAUGGCACCGGCCACCCCACCGUGGAGACUUACAUAUACGACGAGCACUUCCCAUACGAGGACCCCGUGGACAUGGUGUACGGGGACGGGGACGACUCGGUGAACACGCGCAGCCUGGAGCUGUGCAAGCGGUGGCGUGGCCAGCAGAAGCACAGGGUGCACGUCCAGGAGCUGCGGGGCAUCGACCACCUGAACAUGGUCUUCAGCAACCUGACCCUCAGCGCCAUCAAUGAAAUCCUGCUGGGGAGCCCGCAGGAGCCGGAGGAGCCGGGGCAGGGGAGAUCCAGCCUGGAGACGGGGAAGUUAGGGAAGAUCCUAGCUGGACAGAAGGUCCUCAAGGAGCCCAAAAAGAACGAGAAGGAAUGA